AAAUCUCCUCCUUUCUCCAAAGGUCAACUUCCGAACUACCCCGGCGGACCGGUGGCGGGUCUCUCCGCUCAUCUCUGUCCCCGUGCUCAUCUCAUAGUCAACGCGACGGCGGGAGCCGAAGCCCUGGCCGCCGCCGGAGAUUCGUUGCCCGGGCCGUCUCUCUGAGCGCGUAGAUCGCCCCGUCAUCGCGCCAAGGUUUCGGUAGGUUUUUGGAUGGGAACCUCAUCGGGUGCGAAUUUCCAUCAACAACUUCCACAGGGGAUGCCACCCCCGCGACACAACGGAGGUGCCCCGAGCCAGCAGACGUACCUCUCUCUGGCCUCUCUGGAGCAGGUUGGUUCGCCGGACAUGCAGGACCCUGCGUCGAAUUCUGGUUCGCCGGGCCAUGACUCUGCCACUGAGAGUGCCAGUUCACGGGAGACCUGGCCUGUGGAGCCAAGCAAGAGCGGUGGUCCUGCUACUGCUGCGGCAGCUGCUAGAAUAGUGGAUAAAGAUAAGGAGGUGGCUACCAAAGAUGUCGCUGAGCGGCAAGUCAUCCGUAGGAUCCCAAGUACUGGUAGAGUGACUCUCAGGGAGGUUGCUCGGGACAGAGUUGACCUGGUUGCUGAGAAAAUGAAGGUUAUGCCAGAGGAGCUGUUGGAUGACAUCAAGACUGAGCUCCGAUCAAUUCUUGAAGGAAGUGGUGGUCCUCAGCAUAUUGAGGAGUUCUUGUACCUGCAGAAGCUCGUCCAGGGUAGAGUGGAUUUGACACCAACCAUGCUUCUGAUGGCACACCAUGUGCAGCUGGAGAUCCUUGUUUCCAUCAAGACUGGAAUCCAGGCAUUUUUGCAUCCAAGUGUUAACAUACCCCUGGGCCAUCUCGCUGAGGUUUUCUUGUACAGGAGGUGCCGGAACAUUGCCUGUCAGAGUGCUCUCCCUGCCGAAGAGUGUAGGUGCAAUAUAUGUGGCAACAGGAAUGGUUUUUGCAACCUCUGCAUGUGUGUGAUAUGCAAUAAGUUUGAUUUUGAAGUCAAUACUUGCCGCUGGAUCGGGUGUGAUUCCUGCUCUCACUGGACUCACACCGAUUGCGCAAUCCGUGAUGGGCAGAUUGGGACCGGACAGAAGAUUAAGAAUGGAAUUGGCCAUGCAGAGAUGCUUUUUCGGUGCCAAGCCUGCCAGAGGACAUCUGAGUUGUUGGGCUGGGUUAGGGACGUGUUCCAACAAUGUGCUCCUGGCUGGGAUAGGGAUGCUUUAUUACGAGAACUUGAGUAUGUUCGUAAGAUUUUCCGCUUAAGUGAGGAUUCAAAAGGGAGGAAUUUGUUCAGGAGAUCUGCUGAUCUGAUUGAAAGAUUAAGGAGUGGUACUGCUCAAUCAAUGAGUCCCAGAGCGCUUCUGCAGGCACUCCAAGAGCUUGAGAUGGAUUUCCCGAAGAUCUCCGAAAAUGAAGAAUUGGGGCGCCUGAUCUCUCCCCAUGAGGCUUGCAAUAGAAUCGCUGAGGUUGUCCAAGAGGCCGUCAGAAAGAUGGAGUUAGUUGCUGAAGAGAAGUUGCGGAUGGUCAAGAAGGCCCGGCAUGCGGUGGAGUCCUGCGACCGUGAGCUGGAGGAGAAGGCAAGGGAGGCACGAGAGAUCCAGGCGGAGCGGGUGCGGAAGCAGCAGCAGGUGGUGGAGCUUGAGAGCAUUGUCCGGCUGAAGAGCGCGGAGGCCGAGAUGUUCCAGCUCAAGGCGAACGAGGCUCGCCAGGAGGCCGAGCAGCUGCUGAGCAUCGCACAGGCCAAGUCGGAGAAGGCGGAGCAGGACUACGCAAGCAUGUACCUCAAGCGCCGCCUGGAGGAGGCUGAGGCGGAGAAGCAGUACAUCUUUGAGAAGAUCAGGCUGCAGGAGACCCAAAGGCCAGUGCCACCGCCUCCUCAGGCGAGCAGCAGCCGGGCUGCCUCCGGGGCUGCCCCUGGCGAGCAAUCGCAGAUGAUGAUGCUGUCCAAGAUUCAGGACCUGCUGAAGAACGUCCGCAGCAUGCCAUCCGGCAAGUCGGACGGGCAGCUGUCGAAAUAGGCAGCCGCUGCUGCAUCUGAUUAGUAGGGUGGUGCUGUUGUCAUAGUUACUGCAAAGGUAAAGCCGUUAAAUCUGGAAUGUUUAUCGUAAUCUCUGAACUUUAGUGACUGCUCGGUCUGAUCAUGUAUGCAUCCUUGUAAGUUGUAACCAAACUGUGUCCUAGAUAUACUGAACUGGAUCGUUGUAAAAUUUACAGUUGUUCCGGUAUAAACUUGGUUUCAUUAACU